ACAACACAAAACAAAGGAGAGCUGCCGUCAUCGCAACAACAACAACAAUAUGAGAAAAUACACAUCGUAACCCCCCGAAAACGAAAGGAAAAAGCAACAAACCGGAUCGUUCCACACUGUAGGAUAUAGUCACAGACUUUGGUUGGAGACACCCGGAAGAGGAGUCGGAGAAGGAGGAGUAGGAGGAGUCGGAGAAGGAGGAGACGGAGAAGGUGGAGAAGCCAUCGGGCAAAAGGGCAUACACGUAGCCGAUUGCAAUGUUUUUGUUUUACAAUCGAAGCCUUUUUGUCAUUGAACUCUUGGAGAUCCUGCUGCUGCUGCUGCCCGUGCUGCUGCUGACCGAUAACAAUGGAGGACUGACCCUCACCAAACAGCCAACAACAGUUGCUGCCGCCGUUUCACAGCCGAAGAACACAAGCGCCCUUCGACCGUAUUUGCAGAUCAAGAAGCAUUCCGUCACCAGGGUGACAAUCAGCAAGCCGCAUGCCCCAUACUUUCUGCCAUGCGAACCCAUCCUCAAUCCCUACAACAACUAUCAGGACACCCAGCCCAUCUACUGCAUCUGGUAUCGGAAUGAUGAGGCCAUCGUUAAGUUAUCCAUACGCAAAAGUGAGUUUUUCCAGUACGAGAAUGGGACCCUGCGUCUGCCGCCAAAUGAGCGGGCCAGCGGCGUCUAUCGCUGCAAGGUCGAAUGGGAUGAGUCGGCUGCGCUAUCCGACAGCAUAACCGUGGAAUAUCCAGUACUCAAACGCCUGUUUCCAGGCCAACAGCAGGCGGCUAAUCUCAGCGCUUUGGAGAGCCGACCCCUUGUCCUGAGCUGUCCCUUUCUCAGUGUGCCCCCUGCCCGGAUUAGCUGGUACUUUGGCAACGAAUCCCUGGCCAAUGACAACAGUGCUCUCAUCCUGUCGAAUGGCACAUUGAUUUUGCGGCAUUUGCGCCGCGAACAGGCGGGAAAAUACAAAUGCUUGGCCCAGAACCAGUACGCCAGCAAGGCCCACCGCCAGUUCGUGUGGCUGCUGCGCGUCGAGCCGAAUGGGGGGGAGCGGGAGACGGCCGUGUCGGAGGCCCAGCUGCUGCCUGCCUUCCAGAAUGGCACCGUCUAUGUGGCUGCCGGGGGCUCUGUGCUGCUGCAGUGCCAUGCGGUGGCCGACUUUGUGCCCAUCGAGUGGUGGCUGCAGUACCCGAACAACACGCUGCUCAAGAUGAGCAACAACAGUGUGGCUCUGGCCAUCGCCAAUGCCAGCGAGUCGCGCCACGAGGGCUUGUACAGCUGCAUCACGCCCCUGGAGACGCAGACGUUCCAUGUGAUUGUAACGACACCGCCGCGCAUCGUGGGCACCCUGCCCGUGGAGCUGGUCUUCAUUAGCCUGUCGAAGACGCUGAGCUGUCGGGCCGAGGGCCAUCCCCAGCCGACCAUCGUGUGGUACCACAACGGAGUGCAGCUGAACAGCUCCUAUACGCGGUUCAUCAGCGGCAACGAUCUGCACAUCCACUCGUUCGACCCGGAGGAGGAGGGCAUCUACCAGUGCAUGGCCCGCAAUGUGGCCGGCGAGGACUCGGCCACCGGUGAGAUGCGCUUCAAGCGGCAGCUGGAGCAGGGCAAUCCGUUGCAGAACAUUCGCUGCUAUCCGCACAGCUUCCACACCAUCAACAUCACCUUCGACAGCAGCACCCUGGAGUCCAUGUUCGUCGUGUACAUUGUGCGCAGCAAUCCGCACAGUUGGACCUCCUUUGCCCCCAUGAAACUGAAUCACACCUCGUUUGUGGUUAUCUCCACCAAUCUGCCGGUGUAUCGGCCCUUUGCCCUCAUCACACGAUUCCUGUAUCCCACCUCCGAGGUGCGCUCCGGCACGGCAGUGCCACAGCAAAUGAUUGUCAGCUCGCUGCGCAGUAUGCCAGUCACCUGCUGCACCCAGGGAUUAAUGCUGCGUCCCAUUGGCCUGGGCAAUGACACCUAUGUGAAGUGGUCGCAGGCCGAGCUGGACAACAAGAAGUACUUCAUUCUGCAGUUCUCCAUCAAUCACACGCAUCCGCAUCCCAGCCAGCUGCUGAACGGACCCCUCCAUGGCACCCUGUCGCCCGUCGAGGAGAAGGUGGACGAAGUGCGCCGCCAUUUGACCAUCAUACAGCCCCUCAAUCAGACGGCCGCUGCCACUGUUCUCCGGAAUGCAGAGCACGAGGUGCUCGACAACGAGGUGGACGAUCUAACGCUGGAAAUGGAGGAGGACAUAUUCAGUCUGGUGGUGGAUGCCAGUGUGACGGGCAUGCUGCUGCAGCGCUUCAUGCGGAUCAAGAUGCGGGUGCUGAUCAUCACCAGCGAGAACGAGUUCCUCGGCCAGGACUUUCGCUAUGUCCAGUGGAAGAUUAUCGAGAAUGGAACCUCGGAGCAGUCGAAUAUGCCGUUUCGCCUGACCACCAUGGAGUCGCGGGCGCUGGCCUUCAAGUUUCUGGACAGCCUCAACGAGACGUGCGUGUACGAGUGCCAUUUGGUGAAGCCCAUGCACAAUACCAAUCAGGAGUCCAAGUGCCAGGAGCGCACUAUUUUCAACUCUGUGCUGCUGGUCAGCGGCCUCAGUGCCAACGAGCGGUACAAUUUCCAUUUCUACAACUGCAAGACGCGCAUCUUCUAUGGCGAAAUAGACGUUCGCACCCUGCCGGAUCCCCCUGGCACCAUCAGCAACUCAAAGCUGAUCAAGCAGAACGGUCUGAAGCUGAUCUGGGAGCCCCCAGUGAACCCCAAUGGACGGGUGCACCACUACAACAUUAUCUGGACCCUGGACAGUGUCAUGCACGAGGCAAAUGUGCUCGAGUGCAGCGUCUGCUCGUACAAGUUUCCCAAUGUCUCGGUGUCGGAUAAAAUCCAUGUGGCUGUCCGCGUGGUGGGCGAGACCGGCGUGGGGGCGCCCAUGUACUUCGACAUGGCCAGCAAUAGCCACAAUCUGCUGGAGGAGGACCGAGCCUCGUCCCGCUCGGAGGUGUACAGCGGCAUUGCGAUCGGUUCGCUGCUGUCCAUCGCCUGCGUCAUUAUCUUUGCGCUGUUCAUCAUCCUGCAACAGCGGCGGUUCAAGGCCCGCGUUCAGGGACCCACGCACCUGACCACGCCGACGGACAUUAAUUUCGGGAACCUGAGCAGCGCCUCUGGGAUGCCCGGCGACAGUGCGGGCGGCCUCAGUGGCGGGACCCUGCAGCAGGACUGCCACGAGAUGCAGACGCUCAUUCCCCGCUCGCGGUACCACAUCGAGCUGCUGCCGGAGCACACGCUGGAGUACCAGACCAGCUCGGCACACGCUGCCGCCGUCCACCUGCCCAAUGGCCAUGGCAGUGUCCAGAUCGUCGCCCGGCUACCGCCCCACGAGGGACACUCGGAGCUGAGCAUUGCCGGGGUGCAUAAUCUGUCGCAGCUGCCGCUGUGCGGAGGGGGAUCGCCUGAGCGCAAGACGGUGCAGGAUGCCAUGCUGCAGGAGGCCAAGGCCUUCUACAUUCCCUACCGCCACACGCCGCCCAAUGCCGUGGCUCUGGGGGCGGGCGGCCCCAAACAAUGUUCCUCGUCCAACGGCGACGGCGGCGGCUGCUUGGAGGUGGCUGUGCCGCCCAACUCUCUGCCGCUGGUAGCCACCGUAACCGGGCUGGGGGUGGCCGGUGGGGGCAGUGGUAGUGCCAGUGCACGACGCAGCGGCAGCCUCAGCAGCAGCAGUGCCAGCAGCAGCAGCAACGGCAGCAGCAAGAAGCAAUUCCACACGAACUUUGUGCGCCAUUCGAAUUCCAACGAUGGCAUCUGUCUGCUGGCCGAGGAGGAGGCGGCCGCCACCCUGACACCCACCUCGGAGCACGAGUAUGCAGUCGUCUGUCUCACGAAUGGUUUCAAGUUACCCGCCGACAUGACCAAGCAGGCAAGGUCAGCCGCCGCCAAUGCCUCCACCAAAUACAACAACAGUAGCAGCAGCAGCAGCAGCGGCAGCAACAACAACAACGGCAGCAGCAGCAACAACAGUCAGAAGAAGAGGCCGGCUGCCGGCCAGCCAAAGGAUCGCCAGCGAGGCAAUGGCAAUCCGAUCUCGUUCAGCCACAAUGCAUCCAUAGUUCCUGCCAACGGACCACAGGCAUCGUCUGUGGCAUCCGUUGACAACACAACCACUGCCACAGCCACAGCCACGGCCACAGCCAGUGGCCAGGUGGCCAUGAGUAAGCAGCCGUGGCCAGCGGCGACAGUGGUCCAUCGCCGGGCCCAGGUGGAUCCCAAUGGGUGAGGCCACAGCCACAGGGCAGCAGACCCGCCGCCACGCCAAGCAAAAGUAUUUUUAUGAAGCUACAAAGAGAGAGAGAGAGAGAGAGAGAGGAGUAAGGAAACCACCACAUUCACAGCUCGAAACAUUCCAAAAGACAAUUAAGGAUGAGGAUGAGGAUGAUAAGCAUUUAUAGAGCAUACAUUUUAUAAAUGUAGGAUAUUUAAUAAUUGAAAAACUGGAACUAUGGGAGAAAUGAUUCGAUAAGGAUGAUAUUUAUACACACACCCACACACACAAACACAUGCACAUACAUCUAUACAUACAUAUACAUAUACGCUAAGUUUUAAGCUAUAGGCUUUUGUGUCUCGCGA